CGAAAAUUCAGUUCAAGUUCAGAGUUGAGUUUUCUCCUAUAAAAAUCAAAGUGAGAACGAUUCAAAAUGAAGUUCGCCGUGUUCGUGAUAUUGGCCUGUUUGAGCGUUGCUCUCGGUAGCAUAGUAAAUCCACUGAAGAUUACAACCUGGGGACGAAUCACUUCCAUUACGCUAGGCACCAAGAAUGUUGUGGUUACACCAUCCAUUUUGCGAAUCAAAACUUUUAAAUUCACGUUCCCCGAGGGUCAGGGAACCAACACAAUUUUCGGAAUCCAACACUUUGACUUCCAAUCCCACCCAGUGUCAGUUCGAUUCUUGAAAGGAGGCAUCGGCCAACGUAAUGUCACUCUUCAAAUUGAUUCACAACGCGGCCAUGGAAUCAACUCCAUUUUCAUUUUUUACACCAACUAAUCGCGAUCAUUCAAUGGCAGUGAAAAUGUAUGAGAUUUAUUAGAACAACAACAAUCGAAUGAAUUUAAUAAAAAAAAUUACAUGUGAAAAAACGUUUGG